AUGGGUAUUUGGGAAGCUUUGCUCAAUUGGCUCCGCAGUCUCUUUUUCAAGCAGGAGAUGGAGCUGUCCCUGAUAGGGCUUCAGAAUGCCGGAAAGACUUCUCUUGUUAAUGUUGUGGCUACCGGUGGAUAUAGUGAAGACAUGAUCCCAACGGUGGGAUUCAACAUGAGGAAAGUAACAAAAGGAAAUGUCACCAUUAAGUUGUGGGAUCUUGGUGGUCAACCUAGGUUCCGCAGUAUGUGGGAGCGAUAUUGCCGUGCGGUCUCAGCUAUUGUGUAUGUGGUUGAUGCUGCUGAUCAUGAUAACUUGAGCAUCUCAAGGAGUGAGCUGCAUGACUUGCUGAGCAAACCAUCCCUCAGUGGCAUCCCAUUACUGGUCCUUGGAAACAAGAUAGACAAGUCAGGAGCUCUGUCUAAGCAGGCUUUAACUGAUGAGAUGGGGCUGAAGUCGAUAACGGACAGGGAAGUUUGCUGCUUCAUGAUCUCGUGCAAGAACUCGACAAACAUAGAUUCUGUGAUUGAUUGGCUUGUAAAGCAUUCCAAGUCGAAGAAUUAA